AUGGCAUUCGCCGGUGGCGGCAGGGGCGGCGCUGGAUCCUGGGGCGCGGCGGCGCUCGGCGACGGCGGCCAGGCCCCAGCCCUCUGGCGAGGCAAGGGCCGCGCUGUCGGCCGCGGCGCCAGCGGUGGAGGGAAGGGCAAGGGCGCGACCGACGCAGCCCCUCGGUCGCCCAGCCAGGCCGCUGCGCCGUGGCAGCGCGAGAUUAAGUGGCGAUGUGCAUGGUGCAGCUGUGCGCGCAACCUCGACUCCAUGGUCUACUGCAAGCACUGCGGAGAGUGGCGUACCGAGGCGCCCAGCCAGGGGGCGGACGCUGCAUUGGAAGGCCCUGCUGUGGACCCCAGCCUCACGGUCGCCGAGCUCGAGGACCUCGUGCGCCUGGCCGAGAAGGCAGGGGACCAGCGCGUGGCAGGACGCUACAAGCAGCAGCUGCAAGUUCAGAAGGCUGGUGAUCCCCCGCCACAGCAGCGCAUCAGUGCCAUCGGCGCCAAGGUCGCCGAGAUCGAGACGGUUUUGGAGAAGGAAGUCCAGAAGCUCGAGCAGUACCAGCAGUGGGUGGCCCAGCAGACAGACACGGUCGCAGAGCUCUCGGAGCGUUUAUCUCAGGCCGACGCCGAGUACAGGGCUGCAGUUGCCUCUCUGGUCGGUGACCGACCUGACCGAGCUGCCUCUCCAGCUCCACCUCGCAUCUCCAUCAAGGAGGUGGUCGACGGCACUGGCAGCAUCGUCGACCUCAUCGACGUCGACUCUGUGUUUGACGUGGAUGGCUACGAGUGCUCGGACGAUGACCGCAAGAACAUCGCUGACCGUCGUGAUCUGCUGCGGUCCCAGCUGCAGGACGUCGCCAAGGGCCUCUUCUCUGGCGCACUCGAGAAGCUGGAGGCCAUCAAGGCCGAGCAGGCCGCCCACGUCGCCCGCCUCACGAAGAAGAAGCGCAAGGGUGCAUCAGGUGAAGGUGCGGCUGCAGGCCCCGUGGCAGGCGCGAAGCAGGACUCGACCACAGCCAGCCAGGACCCCAAGGCGAAGGACAGGGACAAGUCGGUCGGGUUCGCGGACUCUGCACCGCCUUCUGCUCG